AACUGUGCUCCAGCAGCACUGACGGUCCGUGUGGCUUCUCCUCACUCAGAGAUGAUCCUCUCAUUGAUCAUAACAGUCACUGUUUUCAUUUGAACGCGCUGCGUAAAAAGGGGGGGGUGCGUGCGUGCGUGCGUGCUGCUGCUGCUGCUCCACGGACAUCUUGGGCCGAUCGUGUUUUCUCUGCAGGAAACUUUACACGCACUUGUUACAAUAAAGCCAUAAAGUUCAGCGGGCAAAAGGAAAAAAAACAACAACUACAGACAAUUAUGUCAACACGGUAACGGGACGCUGGUGACGUUUUCCGCCGCGUGGGAUCAAAACAGUCUUCAGUGGAUCAGUGGAGGUUCCCCAGUCCUGUGUGGGAUGUUAACGGACUGGUGGUGCAUUGAGGCUGAAGGAGCAUGGUGAAGCACCAACCCUUACAGGUCUACGAGAAGCAGGUCUUUGUCUCCUUUGUCACUGGGAUCUAUGGUUGCCGCUGGAAACGCUACCAGCGUUCCCAAGAGGACAGCUCCAAGUGGGAGUGUGCAUGGUUCACCAUCUUGUGCACGUCUUUCCUUCUGCUUCUCUUCUGGGCGUACUUCUGGUUGGUGGCUCAGAAUGACUUCAACGAGUUCAACUGGUCAGUAUACAACCGCUCAGGAGAGUGGAGGGAUGAGACCAUCCCCAUCCUCGCAUCCACCACAGUGGGAUUCAGCUACAUUACAUUUUUACUGAUUUUAGCUCUUUUCCACAUUUCCUUAGGCCAGCAGUUGAACCUCUACUGGGUUCACAAGAUUGGAGUGUUGGGUACACUGCUCACCACUAUCUCUGGUGUGGUCUCUGUUGAUGACAUAUGGGGAGAUGAGUGGGACAUCCUGCUUGUGUCACUGCAGUCCACAGCACCAUUCCUGCACAUUGGUGCCUUGGUCACAGUCACAGCUAUCAGCUGGUUGGUGGCUGGAUAUGUGGUCCGCCGAGAGAGAUCCAAUUUCCAGGUGAUGGUGCUGCUGAUCUACGUCCUCAUCCUCCUGGCGGUCUAUUUAGCGCCGCUCACAUUCACCUGCCCCUGCGUCAUGGACCGCCACGGCCUCAGACCUCGACCAGACGUCAUUGGCCGACGGGGAGCUCCUGUGCUGGCUCCAGAAAACACCUUGGUGUCCUUCAACAGAGCCCUGCAGCAUGGAGCCAGCUCCCUGGAGGCCGACGUCACCAUCAGUGUGGACGGGGUUCCAUUCCUCAUGCGAGACCGCACACUGAGGAGAACCACAGACGUCAGGAAGGUCUUUCCAGCCAGACAGUUUUAUGAUGCUUCAUUCUUCAACUGGACAGAUAUUAAGUCUCUAAAUGCAGGCCAGUGGUUUUUGGAGAGUGACCCCUACUGGACAGUAGGAGCCCUGUCAGCGAGGGACCGCAGCAGAAUAGGCAACCAGACAGUUUGCACCCUGGUGGAGAUGCUGCGUCUGGCGGCGCGAGCCAACAGCUCGGCGCUGCUCAACAUCCACAAGCCGCCGCCGGAGCACCCGCGCUCCCGCAGCUGGUUCAUGGACACGCUGUGGGCUGUGCAGAAGGCAGGCAUUUCCCAGAAGCGGGUGAGGACUGUGACGUGGACCCCCGACUCCGACAGGGGGCGAGUACGAGGGCUUCAACAGGCCGCGACUGAGAAGCUGUCGCUGGCGGAGAUGAGGCAAAGAGGAAUUACGAGCUUGACCCUCCACUAUAGCAAGGCCAGCCACAGAGACAUACAAGAAUAUCUGGCCAAUAAUGUGAGUGUGAGCGUCUACCCGGUGAAUGAGCCCUGGCUCUACUCCCUCCUGUGGUGUAGUGGGGUGCCUUCUGUGUCCUCCGAUGCCCCUCAAGUCCUCCGAAAGGUGCCUUAUCCCAUCUGGCUCAUGAGCCAGAACGCUUACAACUUCAUCUGGAUCUCUUCAGAUCUGGUCUCUCUCGCCAUAGUCAUCGGGAUUUUCAGUUUCCAGAAGUGGAGAAUGAGCGGGAUGCAGAACUACAACCCAGAACAGAUCAUGCUGAGCGCUGUGGUGCCACGGGCCAGUAGGGACGUCAACAUCAUGAAGGAGAAGCUCAUAUUCUCAGAACUUGACAACGGGCUCAGCAGCACAGAGGAACUUUCUCUAUAUCCGGAAAAUGGCUACGCGAGAUACUCUCACGGAGGCCUCGGGCGCUGACGUAACUUGACGACACAAUAAUAAGACAUAACAAAUCAUUUUACAUGGACUGGUCAGUAUUUCAAUUCCACUUGUAUAAGAGUAUUUCAGCUUUUUUAUUAGUACAAUCUAACACCUUCUUGUUAUACACUGAAUUUAAUGGGUACAUGGUAGGGCAGUGGUUAGCAUUGUUGCCUCACAGUUAGAAGGUCACUGGUUUGGAUCCCAGCAUGUUCUUCCCACAGUUCCUCCCGCCCGUCCUAAGAGAACUCCUUAUUUAUGAAUUUUCAUCAUUGGAUCUACUGACAUGUGUAAUGAUUGGGUCCAUGAAGAAGAACUUGUGUUUCUCAGAAGUUCUGUCGAUUGAUCAAAGCUUCACCGUCGCGUUUCCUUCCACGUCAUUGACUUUGCUGUUGUUUUAUAACAGAUGUAAUGAGCUGUGUAGAGUCUGUAACGUACACCGAUGUAAAUACGACUCAUUCUCAUGUUUUUCUUUUUCCCCUCUGAGAGGAUUUCCAAUGGUUUGGACCAAUUUGCAUUUCCAAUUAUUAGUAUUAUUAUAUAUAUACUGUAUACAUAUAUAUAUAUAUAUAUAUAUAUCACUGAUGUCCUAUUUUAAGGGCGAUUUGGGCAUUAGGGGUAUUUUCAGAUGGGGUCAUCAAAGUACAAACAAUGUUCUGUCUGCCAUGACUCAACUACUGCAUAGUCCUAUUAGUGACAUGUUUCACACGGCUGCCUUUUUGUUAAAUGGAGUGAUUGGUAGAAUAUUGUAGAUUAUUAUUAUUGUUAUUGUUAUAUUUUGCAUUUUGAAGUUGAAUAAUUCAGACUACUAGACGAUGUGUCAAAAUGUUCAAUAAAACUCGAGAAUUAUGAAGGUUUUCUAUCUUC